GAGAGCGCCGGGCGCGUGGAGCUGUGGUGCCGGCGGUGCGGCAUCGAGGACCUCACGGUGCUCGCGCUGCACGCCGCGCCCGGGCUCCAGUGGGGCGGGGGCGAGGCUGGCCCCGCACCGCCCGGGGCCGAGGCGCUGCGGGAGGCCGCGGAGGCGCUCGGCGACCGCUGCGAGCCGGGGGACACCUGCGUGCUGCACCUGGCAGGCCUCGGCGCCCUGUGCGAGGCGGGCGGCUCCUCCCCGCUGAUCGGGGCUUACUUUUUGGGGCGCCUGGCCAGCCGGGUCGCGGUGGUCUGCAUGGCCGACUCGGCCCGCGGCCUGCGCCUGCUUGACGCUGAAGACAGCGACGGGGUGCUCCGGGCGAAACAGCUGCGGGUGGCCUUCCUCGCCCUCGGUGCCCCUGGGACCGCCGCUGCGUCGUCGGCCGUCGCUGGGCCGCAGCUUGGACUGCCCGCCACUGCGACGAUGCGCACGGCGGCGGAGCUCAGCCUGGACGAGGGCCCCUGCUUCCUCACGUGUGGGGACUUCCUCUCGCAGAUGGGGGAGCAGGCCCAGGACAUGGCAGUGGCCGCUGGCGUGCCCCCGCUCGAGGUGCACUUGCGCAGCCACCCGGACGAUCAAACGGUGGGCCAGAUGCGCUGGCCCAUCGCCAUGGCGCCGAAGAACAACGCCAAGUCCUCGGAGCCGGCCGCGGGCACCACGCCCGCGACGGCGACGGCGCUGCCCGCGAGGGCCGUGUCGCGCCGCCGCUACACCAGCGCCGCGCCCGCGCCCGCGACCGUGCCCGCGGAGGCCUGCCGCAGUCCUGCGCGCGCCGGUUCGCUGCAGCCCGCCCCUCGGGGCGGCACCGGCGGCCGCCGGGCGCCGGGCGGGCCACCGCGGCGCGAGGUGCCCGGGACGCCGUCGUCGCCGCUGGGACGGCCAGAGCGGCAGCAGCCGCAGCGCCAGCAGCCAUCCAGGCCCAGGUCCUCGCCGCCGCCCGCGGUGGCGUCGGAGCGAGGAGAGGGCCUGCCGGCACUUGGGGCGGCGGCUGCCGGCGAGGCCGCGGUGGGGCCGCCGGGGGCCUCCUCCGCCGAGGCCGCGGAGGCCGACGAGGAGGGCGCCAGCGGCGCGACCUCGGCCGGCAUCCCCGGCUGCGAGGGCCUGGCCGUGUUCCGCAGCGCCCUGGGGGGCGACGACGCGGCCAUGUCUGUCGUGGACGGCUCCUGGGAGCUGCUCCCGGACGACGCGGGGGACGCCGACGACGCCGCCGUGGCCCCCGCGCCCACGGGCGGCGUGGCCGCAGGGCUGGCGCAGGAGGAGGCGCCGGCGCCGGCUUCUGCGGCGGCAGCGCCUCCGGCCAAGAGCGCCGGGCGGGCACGGAGUGCGGCGCAGGCGCCGCAGGAGGCGGCGCCCGCGGCGGCCGCUGCGGAGCGGAGGCGCGGCGGCCGCCCCGAGCGCCACGGCGCCGCAGGCCCGCCGCCACACUCGCAGAGCCGCAGGCGCGCGCCUCCCACGAGCAUAGGCGCCUUCUCGCUGAUGAUGACGGGGGGCGGCCUGAAGGACCAGGAGCAGCCCGGUGCACACCUGCGGCAGCGCGGGGCCAGGUCGAAGCCCCACAGGGCCGGCGCCCAGCGCUCGCAGCAGCAGGCACCAUCAGUGGCGGCUGCAGCUCCCACCGCCUCGCCCUCGCGGGCGGCAGACUCCGACGGCGAGGACUCCUGCGUGGAGUGA